UUUUUUCCGGGCGGCCCCAGCGGCUGCGUACUGGCUAUGGGAUGGGAUGGGAAGUGAAGCCCCAGCGAGCGGCUGCGGCGAGGCUGUGAGGAGCAGCGAGGGGGAGGAGGCGGCGGCGGCGGGUCGGUGAGCAGCAGGGGCGAGCAGAGCCGGGGAAGAGCACCUGCAGGCGCGGGCGGCGGACCCCACCAUGGCGAUUCGCAAGAAGAGCACCAAGAGCCCCCCGGUCCUGAGCCACGAGUUCGUCCUGCAGAAUCACGCGGACAUCGUCUCCUGUGUGGCGAUGGUCUUCCUGCUGGGGCUUAUGUUUGAGAUAACAGCAAAAGCUUCUAUCAUUUUUGUUACUCUUCAAUACAAUGUUACCCUCCCUGCAUCAGAAGAACAAGCUACAGAACCAGCAUCCCUUUAUUACUAUGGUAUCAAAGAUUUGGCUACAGUUUUCUUCUACAUGCUAGUGGCAAUAAUUGUUCAUGCCGUAAUUCAAGAGUAUGUGUUGGAUAAAAUUAACAGGCGAAUGCACUUCUCCAAAACGAAACACAGCAAGUUUAAUGAAUCUGGUCAGCUUAGUGCAUUCUACCUUUUUGCUUGUGUUUGGGGUACAUUCAUUCUAAUCUCUGAAAACUACAUCUCAGACCCAACGAUCUUGUGGAGGGCUUAUCCCCAUAACCUCAUGACAUUUCAAAUGAAGUUUUUCUACAUAUCCCAGUUGGCUUACUGGUUUCAUGCUUUCCCUGAACUCUACUUCCAGAAAACCAAAAAGGAAGAUAUUCCUCGUCAGCUUGUCUACAUUGGUCUUUACCUCUUUCACAUUGCUGGAGCUUAUCUUUUGAACUUGAAUCAUCUAGGACUUGUUCUUCUGGUGCUGCAUUAUUUUGUUGAAUUUCUUUUCCACAUUUCCCGCCUGUUUUAUUUUAGUGAUGAAAAGUAUCAGAAAGGAUUUUCUCUGUGGGCAGUUCUUUUUGUUUUGGGAAGACUUCUGACUUUAAUCCUUUCAGUACUCACUGUUGGUUUUGGCCUUGCAAGAGCAGAGAAUCAGAAGCUGGAUUUCAGUACUGGAAAUUUCAACGUGUUGGCUGUUAGAAUUGCUGUUCUGGCAUCCAUUUGUAUCACCCAAGCUUUCAUGAUGUGGAAGUUUAUUAAUUUCCAGCUUCGAAGGUGGAGGGAACACUCUACUUUUCAGGCACCACCUGUAAGGAAGAAACUACCAGUGACUAAAGGUGGCAGGUCUUCUAGAAAAGGAACAGAAAAUGGUGUGAAUGGAACAGUAACAUCAAAUGGAGCAGACUCCCCCCGUAAUAGAAAAGAAAAAUCUUCAUAAUGAAUUGUAAACUAAUUGAUCAAUGUCCCCAAAGAAAUCUGCUUUUUACUAUAUCUUUCAGCACUAGAGAUUUUUCUGUUCUUGAAAAUACAGUUUGUGCUCUUUGAUUCUUGCUGUUGUACUGUUUCAUGCAUUUUUUAAAAGGGCAUUUGAGGGGAGGAUGAUUACUAUAAAUAAAAAAAUACUUUAGCUUAGACUAAGCUACCUGCCUUCAAAAUAGUUUAGGGACCACCGCAUAUUUUAUUUUGUUUUUUAAUCUUUGGACAUUUUUCUAAUAAUUCGGAGGGGGGAGAAAACUAUUUGCAGAUAUCCCACAUACCAGUGAAGCAAUUUCUUACACUCACCAAUUUUUUAUAUUAGCAAGGUGACCUGUUCCAGCAAGGUCGUAAUUUUUUAGUUAACUUUCAGGGUAAAAUGAAAAUACUAUAAAGUCAGAUGUCAAACUUUAAUGUUUUCAGUGUUCUCUAUUUUAGGAAUUUUUGUAGCCUUUACACCUGGAAAAAAUAAUUUGUAAAAUCACCAAAGUAAUUGUGUGCUUUAUUUUAUACAUAGUGGUUGUCAGUGGUAAUGCCCCAUACAUACUAAUAGUUACAACAUGUGAAGAUCUGUUGCCAUAUAUAGAGAAUCAAAAUACCUGAUUAGCAUAAAAGUAUUUGUGAAGUAAAGUCUUAUGCAUUUUCAAUACUUGUAAAUUGGUAAUCACAAAAUAUUUACUAUGAAGAGGAAAAUCCAAUUUAGCCCUUUUUGAUAUGUUUAUUAAUAAUGAUUCUUACUGGGGGCUUGUCAUAAGUUUGAUAUGCACAGCAUCUUAGAAAUACCAUGUACACCCUUUUAAAAGACAAUGCCUACUUGAUUUAUAAAAAGAUGUCAGGUAAUUAUAUUUGGAAAACUAAUGCACUAACUUUAAAGAAAUUGAAAAUUCAGGUGGAUAGUCUUACAAAAGACUGCUUUAUGUUAUAACUAUAGCUUUGGUCCCAUCUUUAAUUGAGAAACAUUUAUCUGUAUAAAACAUAUUUUUGGAUAAAUAUAUAUAUAUAUAUAUUUGUAUCUACAGAAAGGCUCUAAAAACCAUUUGAGUAAAAUAUUUGGUUCCCUUUUCUAUAAUUAUACUUUCAAACCCUUACAGGUCUGUUUGGUUUGUCUGUCUUUAUAGUAUAUCUAGUGCACCUUUUGGUGUUCGUGUCUUCUCCACUUCUCACUUCUGUCACCAGCUAAUAAAUGUUCGUGCCAUUUCUAGUGUAAAAGUUGCAGAUCUCUGAGGUCUGUGGUUUAAGUUGCCAUGCUGCUAGAAAGUGUGCUUUCUAUUUCCAGCUGUUUACCUACUUCCUGGAAAAAGUAGUAGCUCUCUGUAGCAUUAUGGAGUUUCAGUGGAACCAAAUUUUUGCCAUUGAAAACUGGCAUUAUAUUGAUCUACAUUGAGAAAUAAAUCAGAAUAAAAAUUUUUACUUUCACAAA